AUGCUUCGCAGUAGCCGACGUUCGUCACUGUUCGGCUCGCAGCAUUCGCUCUCAUCCAGGCGGUCAUCUGUCAACCUGAAAGAUAUUGAACGCAUACAGAUUGCUGCCGCGCAGAAAAGGAGGAAUGUUUCGCCACACUUGCUUAUAUUUGUGCUUUGUGGUGCACCAGUGUUCCUCUUCGUGCAUAUUUACGCUGUCGAUGAAUGCAACGCGUCAUUUAUUCAGUUGGUGCGAACAAUAUGGUCGAAAAGUGAUGUGCUCAGCAGAAUUUUCCCAUCGCCAUUAUCCUCGGUAUCCUGGAAAAUUAUUGUUUUCACCGUUCUCCUGCAGCUCAUCUUCUGCCUCAUUUUACCAGGCGAUAUUGUUACAGUCAUCAACAGCAUGGGUUAA